UUGAAAAGAGGUUUGACUAGAGAGAGCAGAGCACGGCAGCUGCGAGUCUAUUGAGGGGGGAAAGUAGCGUUGAACUUUCUGAAACUGUGAACGCAAGAGGGAACAUGGUGCUGCAAACGGAGUGCAGCAUGUCGCGGGAGACCACGGAUACGGAGGAGAACGAGCUGAUGGCAUGCAGCCCGGUGCCACCGAAACCGGACUGGUGCAAGACAGCCACCGGCCACAUUAAACGACCCAUGAAUGCUUUUAUGGUGUGGUCCAAAAUUGAGAGGAGAAAAAUCAUGGAGCAGUCGCCGGACAUGCACAAUGCUGAGAUUUCCAAAAGACUGGGAAAGCGGUGGAAAAUGCUGAAGGACAGUGAAAAGAUUCCCUUCAUCCGGGAAGCCGAACGGCUGCGGCUCCAACACAUGGCUGACUACCCCGACUACAAAUACAGACCCAAGAAAAAGCCAAAGCUCGACGGAUCUUUGAAACCAGCGGUGCAGUCGCCGGAGAAGGGCAGCAAAAGUGUCAAAGCCGCGGCGAAGAAGUGCACAAAACUCAAGCCGGGCAAACCGGGACACAUCAGCGCGAGAGCUUCUUCACAAGACUGCAGAUUCAACUAUGUUUUCACAAACUUAAAAGUGGCCAAGUCUAUCAAAAGGGAACUUACAGAUGAUGAAGAGGACGAUGAGGAUGAUGACUACGAGGAUGAGGAUCACAUCAGACUGCAUAACGUCCCGGCGAGCCCCACAAUGAGUUCCGAGUCGGAAGGCGCGAGUAUGUACGAGGAGUCCACGCACACGAGCGGCAGUAGACUAUUUUACAACUUCAAGAACAUUACCAAACAGAGCGCAGUUUACCCUGCCUCCGUCUCACCAGCAUCCUCUUUCAGGUCCGUCUCCUCAUCGUCCAGCAGCUCCAGCGAGGACUCCGACGACUUGCUGGUGGACUUCAGUUUGAACUUAGCGGCAGGCUCUCACACAGCGGACCUGGGAAACACUUCAGGAAACCUUUGUCUGUCUCUGGUGGAUAAAGAUUUGGACUCGUUCAGCGAGGGCAGCCUCUGUUCUCACUUUGAGUUCCCGGACUAUUGCACUCCUGAGCUGAGUGAGAUGAUCGCGGGAGACUGGCUCGAGGCGAACUUUUCAGAUCUGGUUUUCACGUACUAAUAAACAAACGUUCGGUGUUCUCCUGCAAAAGGACACAUCGCGUAUCUUCAGGUUAUUUUAUUUUUUGACUCUGCCUCUGUGGUUUUUCCUGGUUGGGAGUGAAGACGGCGGAACCUACGUUAUUAUGAGGAAAAAACGGACAUGUCAACAUUGACAGUGUUGUGUGUGGUUAUUAUGUGGUGGUUGCAGUGAAACUGCUUAAAUGUAGAUGGAGAGCAAAAUGUAAAAUCUGAACUAUGCAUUCCCAUCCCACUCCUAUAUCUCUACAGGAAGCUGGAAAACGGCUGCUGGACCGAAUGGAGACAGUUUCAGUUCUGAAACACUGUUCAGGAUGCAACUUUUUUCCGAGGUCUUCUGUAAUUUCUGUAUGCCACAAAUGAUUUUUUUUUUUUUUUUUAACCGGUUCCGUUUCCUCCCCCAAGUAUGGGAAUAUUUAAGCAGAUAACCGCUCUAGAACACAGGUAUGGCAGGAAGCAUUUUGAUACAUAACCAACAACAUACCUCAUCUUUUUAAAAAAGUAAAAUAUUUUCUGGCAUAUUUUUGUACAGUUAAAGGGAAUGUUCUGACUGUGCUUUAAGUGAGGUUUCUUCAGGCACUUCAACCCGGUUUCAUUUGUAAAAGCAUGCAAGAUUUAAACCAACUAGUCAACUUGGUUAUGAUUUUACUCAAGGCAAAUGUACAGCUGUAGAUCUGAAUCGUUUCUAUAGGGAGAUGUACAAUGGAAUUGGGGGAACACAUACAUGGACCUCAUUUCUGGUACUAGAUUGAAGAUUGUAUAUGUUCUGUAAUAUAGUAAAGCUAGGAGUUUAUGUAUAUCUGUGUGAAUGGGUCCCAAAUAGCAGGUGUAAAACUGGAGUUUGUUUUGCAUUUUUUUUAUUAUUAUCUUAAUGGCACAUUUGUUUUUUAUUAUUUUUGUGCAAUAUAAUCUCAAAAUGGACCAUCUGCGUUUUGUAGCAAAGGAAAUGAGUUCCAUGUCGUCAUGCUGAAGUCUGUAUCUGACAUGAAUAAAUCAGCUGG